AUGGACGUCUCUCUACUCCUCAAUGUGGAGGGUAUUAAGAAGACCAUCCUGCACGGGGGAGUGGGAGAACUCCCUAACUUCAUCUCCGGCUCCCGGGUGACGUUUCAUUUCCGAACCAUGAAGUGUGACGAGGAACACACAGUGAUAGAUGACAGCAGGCAGGUGGGCCAGCCCAUGAGCAUCAUCCUCGGCAACAUGUUCAAGCUGGAGGUGUGGGAGACGCUGCUGACAUCCAUGCGGCUCGGGGAAGUGGCCGAGUUCUGGUGCGACACCAUCCACACAGGAGUCUACCCUAUGUUGUCUCGCAGUCUACGGCAGGUGGCUGAGGGCAAGGACCCCACUGGCUGGCAUGUGCACACGUGCGGGUUGGCCAACAUGUUCGCAUACCAUACUCUGGGCUACGAGGACCUGGAUGAACUGCAGAAGGAGCCGCAGCCGCUCAUCUUCCUGAUUGAGCUGCUGCAGGUGGAGGCCCCGAGCGAGUACCAGAGGGAGACGUGGAAUCUGAACAAUGAAGAGAGGAUGCAGGCCGUGCCUCUCCUUCACGGGGAAGGCAACAGGCUUUACAAGCUGGGUCGCUACGAUCAGGCUGCCACCAAGUACCAGGAGGCCAUCGUGUGCCUGAGGAAUCUUCAGACUAAGGAGAAGCCCUGGGAGGUGGAGUGGCUGAAGUUGGAGAAGAUGAUCAACACCUUGAUCCUCAACUACUGCCAGUGUCUGCUGAAGAAGGAGGAGUACUACGAGGUGUUGGAGCAUACCAGCGACAUCCUGCGCCAUCACCCAGGGAUCGUGAAGGCCUACUAUGUGCGCGCACGUGCUCACGCAGAGGUGUGGAACGCUGAGGAGGCCAAGGCGGACCUCGAGAAAGUACUGGAGCUGGAGCCUUCCAUGCGCAAGGCGGUGCUCAGGGAACUGAGGCAGCUGGAGAAUCGUCUGUCGGACAAGCAGGAGGAGGAGCGGCAGCGUUGCCGGAAUAUGCUGGGCUAG